AUGGUGAAUCUAAGCAUAAUAGUAUUGACUGUCAAUAUAAAUGGCUUUAUACAGGGCAUUCUAACAUCAUCUGAACAGGCUGUAAUUGAGGCCAAUAUCAUUCACCCGCUUGUACAUCUUCUCCAACAUUCAGAGUUCAAUAUAAAAAAGGAGGCUGCAUGGGCCAUCUUUAAUGCCACUUCCGGUGGCUCUCAUGAACAAAUCCAAUUUCUUGUUAGCCAAGGUUGCAUCGGCCCACUCUGUGAUCUCCUAAACUGUCCAGACGCAAGGAUUGUUAUCGUAUGCCUUGAGGGUCUGGAGAACAUUCUGAAGGUGGGUGAGGCAGACAAAGAAAUGGGACUAAAUGGCGGAGUCAAUAUAUAUGGUCAGGCAAUUGAUGAAUGUGAAGGAUUGGAUAAAAUCGAGAAUCUUCAGAAUCACGACAACCAUGAGAUUUAUGAGAAGGCUGUGAAGAUCAUGGAGAGAUAUUGGGCAGAAGAAGAAGAUGAGGAGCAAAACAUCCAGGAUAACGGGGAUGGAACUCAACAAGGUUUUCCUUUUGGAGAAAACCAGCCUACCCUACCCCCUGGUGGCUUCAAAUUUGGGGUGAGAAAGAAUGUCCAUAUUACAUGUGAUAUUCAGAACAUCUGCCAUUUCUGUCAAGGUCUGCUGCUAUUUUCCGGGAGUGUUUUGAUCCUAUUGUAGCAAGAUCUGUUCGUGAUUUGAUUCCUGUUAUGGUGUAUGGAAGAAACAUUUUUGGUCAAGAGUUUGGAAGAACGUACUGUGUAGUUUUAACUGUGAGGUCUAUUGUUGUAUCAGCUGGUCUUCUUAGGAUAUUUGGUCGUGAGGUAGCCGAGCUUCCCAUAGUGGCGACAACUAAAGAACACCAAGGGAAAGUAGGAACAAAUGAAACUUUGAUUAUUUUUCUUCUUCUUAGUAUUUUAGUUUUCUUUUCGUUAAUGUUAAGAAGCAGAAGAAGAAUAACUACUAAGUUGGUAUAUUUUGGUUUGUUAUAACAGGGCUAUUUCCAAGUAUUAUUUUCAUGUAUAGAGAAGUUGUUGGUUUCCCUGAAUGUGGAAAACUUUAAGGACAUUUUGUUGUUGAUGACAGUGUUGAAUGUUUUAAACUAAUUUGUGAAGGACAUUUUGUUGUUGAUGACAGUGUUGAAUGUUUUAAACUAAUUUGUGGAUUGUUAAUUUAAUGUUGAAUGUUUUUACUA